AUGGAAUUUCAAGAACAGCUCCAUUUUGCACUUGCUUUCACCAUAACCAUUGCCAUAUCAGUGGUCACCAUCCUCGUUAAAGGCAACAAGAGACAAAAGAGGAGACCCCCAGAACCAGAUGGGGCAUUACCUUUUAUUGGUCAUCUUCAUCUUUUUGGAAAAAACCAGCUGCUACAUAUGAUAUUUGCAGACAUGGCUGACAAGCAUGGACCGGCCUUCUUGAUCCGUCUCGGGGUUCAUCGAGCACUUGUGGUGAAUAACUGGGAAGUUGCAAAAGAAUGUUUCACGACCAACGAUAAGGUCUUCUCCACACGUCCAAAGUCCAUAGCCGUAAAGUAUAUGGGCUAUGACUAUAAGAUGUUAGGCUUCGCUCCUUACGGACCUUAUUGGCGUAAUAUGAGGAAACUAGCAAUGGUUGAGCUCCUCUCUAGUCGUCGGCUCGAGUUACUCAAGCAUGUUCGCGACAAUGAAAUCGGUAGCUUUAUAAAGGAAUUGUAUGAGCAAUCGGUGAAAAACGGAGGCGUUGCUCUUUUGGAAAUGAAGGAGAGAAUUGGUGACUUAGCAACCAACAUUAUAGUCCGGAUGGUUGCUGGCAAAAGAUAUCAUGGUACUAGCGAGGAAUCGAGACGAUUCCAAAAGGCCUUGAGUGAUUUCUUUUAUCUUGCAGGGUUGUUUUUGGUCUCGGAUACGAUUCCUUCUCUCGGUUGGCUUGAUGUUGUGAUGGGGAACAUAGGCAAAAUAAAGAGGACAGCAAAGGAGUAG